AUGCCUGAGUAUCAACAGAAAUGUUGGGAUGUGGCUCGAUGUCAACUUGGCGACGAACGCGAUCGGCUCUACUUAUGGAAGUCUAGCUUCACCGACCAGGAACUAGAUGAACUGCUCAACACUACCUCGGAACUCUACGACGCUCUGGGUAUUUCGGUCUUGAAAGCAUUGCUUGGAAUCGCUGGCUCCCUCUGUGCUGUUAUCGACAUACCUAUACCUGGCAUAGACACCUCGAAAAUGCCCGAGAGUGCUCGGAGAUUGAAUCAGGCGAUGCAGGAAGCAUGGAAGACUCUGAACCUUCACUACAGUGAAAAUGAUAACGGCUCCGAUAUCGACAUCCCUACUGUGAUGUCCGGUGUUAUAGACCCGGAUGAGAGACCUAAUGUGCUCUACCAGCUGCGAGACGAGACUUCCAGGCUUUCGAGACUCAGCUUCCAGAUCAAGCUUGCCCUUUCUGAGAUCAAAGAUGAAUCCCAGGACUCCGUUGAGCCCAAUGAGCCCCUAAAUGGAGAGCUGAAGGCCAUUUGA